AUGGAUAAGGAGAAUCAGACAAAGGUGACAGAAUUUUAUUUUUCUGAUUUCCCUCAGUUUGAGAAGGGUGGCCUUUUGUUCUUCAUCCUUCUGCUUUGUGUUUACAUGUUCAUUGUUGUUGGAAACGCCUUGAUAUUCUUGGCUGUGCAGCUGGAUGUCCGUCUGCACAAUCCCAUGUACAGUUUUAUUGGCAUAUUUUCCUUCCUGGAGAUUUGCUACACCACAGUGACCAUUCCCAAAAUGCUCUACAACCUAGUCAGCAAAGAGAAAACGAUCUCCUUCAUUGGCUGCCUGCUGCAGAUGUAUUUUUUCCAUUCCUUUGGAGUCACAGAAAGCUUGGUCCUCACAAUAAUGGCCAUCGACAGGUACAUUGCCAUUUGUAACCCACUCCGCUAUGCAAUCAUUAUGACUCCGAAGCUGUGCACACAGCUUUCCACAGGCUCCUUCAUCCUUGGCUUCCUCAUGCUCCUACCAGAGAUUGUGUGGAUAUCUACUCUGCCCUUCUGUGGCCCCAAUCAUAUCCACCAACUCUUCUGUGACUUAGAACCUGUACUUCUCUUGGCGUGUACAGACACAUCUAUGAUACUGGUUGAAGAUGUCAUCCAUGCUAUGUCCAUCCUGACCUGUGUCUCUGUCAUCACCCUUUCCUAUUUAAGAAUUGUCACUGUGAUCCUGAGAAUUCCACCUGGUGAGAGUCGUCAGAAGGCAUUUUCCACGUGCACAGCCCACAUCACCAUUUUCUUGCUGUUUUUUGGCAGUGUGGCUCUCAUGUACCUGCGCUUCUCUGCCACUUUCGAACCACUGCUGGAGAAGAUCAUCGCACUAAUGUUUGCUGUCCUUGCCCCAUUUUUCAAUCCUAUAAUCUAUAGCCUGAGGAACAAAGAUAUGAAAGAUGCCAUUAAGAAAAUGUUCUGUUCUCAAAAGAUGUUCAGUGUCUCUGGGAGCUAAU